AUGUCAAAUACCCGACAGCAAUCUACCUCUAGCUACAUUGACAUGUCAAGUCCUCGGGCUAUACCAAGUUCCAGCCCGAAAUAUUUCAACUCCAAUCAGGAACGAGCUGGCCCCUCUUCGAAUAUCCUCAGCGAGAGGACAAUGUCCCGAAAUAGGAGAAGUGCUUCUCCUUCCCCCUCUGACGGGUCCCAAGUCUCAGAAAAUAAACGACUAAAAGCCUCCGAAGCCAUUCUCCAGGAGAAGGCAAGAUUUAAGAAACAAAUCCGACGUCUGAAGCAUACUAUGCGGACGAUUAUCGAGCUGGAGUUGAGGGAGAAGAUUCGGGGAGAGGUGGAGGAAGAGGUGGAGAGGGAGCUCCGCUGGAAGCUGGAAAAGAAAAUCCGCGUCCGCAAAUCCAAAGAGAUGGAGGAGAAUAUUAAGAAGGCGAUCAAGGAGGGGGUGGAGGAGGAGACGAAGAAGAUUAGGGAGCAGUUUGAGAGGAGUUUGGGGUUGCGAUUGGGAGAGGAAGAGUGGAUGAAGAAGACCGUGGGCGAGAACGUGAAGAGAAAGAAGGGAGUUUAG